AGCCAUGCUGGCUCAGGGCCCUCCGCCUAGAGGAGCCGCCGGCGGCGCGCAGAGGUGAGGCUUCGACGUCUGUCGCUCCGACUCUUUCCAAGCCGCCGCCGAGAUCCAUGGGACUGCUGCCCCACGUCUCGACGUACUCCGCCGGCGCUGCGGAGCAGUCCGCCGUCUUCGUGGGCGCGCUGCUGGGGUUCCUGACGUCGGCGGCGCUGCUGGCCCACGCGGUGGCGUGCCGGGGCCUCGCGCGGCAGCUGUGGCGGGCCCUCGCCAGCAGGCUCCAGUGGUCCGACCCUGCCAUGCGAGAGGACGUACUGAAGAAGAUCAGAGCCGAGAGUCUGCAUCACGCCUGCUGCAUAAACCUCUUCGUCACCGUGUGGUGCUGCGUGAACUGCGGCAUGAUGAUCGUCCACAUCGCCUCCGGAGCCCCUCGGUGGAUGACCGUCUGGCAGGACGCGGUGUGGACAUGGGCAACAUUUGCCUGCAUCAUCUGCCAGAUGGCCCUGAGGCACACGCCGCACCACCUGACAGUCGACGCGGUGUAUGUGUGCUUCAUGGUCGGGCAGACGCUCUUCGUGAGCGUGGGCCCCGCGGAGCAGGUGCCUUUCAUCUCCGCGGCGGGCUUCUCGGUCCUCGUCCGUGGGUUGUGGAGCCUGGCGUGCAUGCGGGUCCCCGCAGUCACGGUCCUGACGACUUUCCACUUCCUCUCCGUGUGCGCUGGCUUUGCACGCACACAGGCGCCCUGCGCCGAGGACGGCGGAUCCCAGAACCUCCAGGUAUUCGUCCUGUGUGAGUUCAUUGGGGAUGCCGGGAUAGUGCUGUGCACCCUGGUGUGGCGGCACUUCUGCCGUGUGCGGGUCCUGCACGAGAUCCAGGCUUCCAUAUCGCAGAGCGAGAACGAGGCGGCGAGGAACCUCCUCAACAUCGUCUGCGACUCUACAGUGGAGCUGGACGGGAAGCUGCAGGUCAUGGACGAGACCCCGCGCCUCGCGAGCCUCCUACAGCACGGCUCUGACCGGUCCCUGAGGGGCUCGAGCAUGCUGCAGUACGUGAUAAAGGAGGACCAGGGGCUGUUCGCGGACCGCAUCUGCUCCGUCAGCGACGAGUGUAUGGCGAACGUGUUCCACGUGCGCGUGCGCGACGGCAUCAACAAUGUCCUCACCAUGGAGGUCUUCCACGUCCGGGUGAACCGCUUCCUGAGGGCCAGCUCCCACCUCAUCGGGCUGCGGGAGUACAACGACGCCGCGGAGAACGUCGGCCAGCUGCGGCUGCCCGAGGGGCCGAAGCGGAGCAGGCGCCACGGCGCCCCGAAGGCCAGCGAGGCGGCCCCGCCCAAGGGGUCGCCCUCUCCGGCGGACGCCGAGGGGGCGUGCCCGCCGGGGCAUGAGCUGGGCGGUCCGCCGUCCUGGGAGUCGUCCUCGCCCACGCCGUCGCCCUCCACCAGCAGCCUCUGCGGCGGGGAUGGCGAGGUCGCAGCCUGGAUCGAGCUGUGCUCCGACUGCUGGACCAUCUGCAGCUCCACCGCGGGCUUCGCGCUGUUCUGGGGCUCCGGCUCGAGGAACAGCCGCAUCUCCCCGGGGGCGCGCGAGCUGCUGCAGUGGAUCAAGCCCGACCAGAAGGAGGACCUGAUCGGCUGGGCGCAGUCCUCGUACCAGCAGCUGCGGGGCGUGGUGCCCUUUAUGGGCGCCGCCUCGAAGGGCGCGAAGCAUUCGGUUCACUUCCGCCCCCCGUCGCUCUGGCAGGUCAAGUCGAGGCUCGCGUAUGUGGCCAACAUCACCAUCUCUCUGCCCAAGGACGAGCGCCAGCACCAGGCCAUGAUUGCGCGGCUCGCCUUCUCCGACAUCCGGGUGCUGCAGCAGGGCCGCGCUCCGCCGACCGUGCAGGCUUUGUAGAGUGGGGCCAAGGCCACGCCAGUGGGGACAGGGUUAGAACGUCCAGGGGAUCGGCGAAGGGAUGCUUACAAUGGCUGAGCACCAGCACCCGUCCCCAUGGCGGUGCGGCUCACCUUCUCCGGCGUCUGUGUGUGGCGCAGAUGCGCCGCGCCCCGGCCAACGCCUGCAGGCUCUUGUGCCGUGCCGCCGCGACUGCCGGACGGCCAGCGUCCGUCGCCGCGACUUUUCUGGCUCGGCUGCCGAGGUUCCGCCGAUCCGCCUCCUUUCUCACCACCCUCCCUCCUCCUCCUCCUCCUCCUCCUCC